CGCCUCCAGAUGCUCCAAUUGACCUCAAUUCCUAGGUACACAUCCUACAACAUACCUUACACAUCCCCAAUACUCCCUUAACCUCCUCACGCCCUCCAAAAUGGCGGCAGAAAACUACGAAGCGGCAAUAUCCCUCAUCGACGAAGCACACUCCCAAGACCCAAACAUUGCCAUCGUCGACGGCAAAGACGUCCCCUACGAGCUGCACUACGCCCAGAAAAUGACACACUACCUUUCCCUGCGCUCCCCAGAUGCAUCACCGAUCCUCAAAGUCGCCAUACGAGCGCAGCAUUUCCGCCGCUGGGAGAUCCCUCGCGAUUCGUAUCCGAUGACCAAGGCGGGGUAUUUGAACUGGAGGACAUUCCUGAAGAAGAGGCAGGCGGAUCUAGCGUCCGCCAUAUGUGUGGGCUGUAAUUUUACCGCGGAGGAGGCGGAGAAGGUGGCGAAACUGAUAAGGAAAGAGGACUUGAAGAAGAACGAGGAGACGCAGAUUCUGGAGGAUGUGGCGUGUUUAGUGUUUUUGGAUGAUCAGUUUGAGGCUUUCGAGAAGGAGCAUGACGAGAAAAAGAUAAUCGAUAUAUUGAGGAAGACGUGGGGAAAGAUGAGCGAGAGGGGGCAUGAAUUGGCGUUGGCGAUACCGAUGUCAGAUACGAGUAAGGAGUUGAUUGGGAAGGCUUUGGCGGGGUGAUGAAUGGAUGUUUGGAUUGAGGUUUUGGGGGAGAUGUGUAUUCAAAAUAACAGCCGCCCUGUUGUUCCGUUCAGUGGUCAAAAUUACAAGUGAACGCAUUUCUCA